ACAGCGGCUUCCGAUUCACACUCCGCCCCUCUGUGUGUGUGUGUGUGUGUGUGUGUGUGUGUGUAAAAGAGAGAAAGAAAGAAAUAGAGAAAAAUAGUGACAGAGAUAGAGUACAUGUAUGCGAUAGAGGAGUGUAGCGACAGUGAGUGUGUGUACGCGCGAGAGGAGUGUGCCCCGGACUCUCUCGUACGUGUGAGUGUGAGAACCGGUCCCACGGUGACGGUGCAGCUCUCUCGUCUCAGCUCCAGUGAGGGAUCGCUCCGGUCCUGCUGCAGAGGAAGGGAUCGUUCCGCUUCAGCUGCUGAGACAGGGAGGCAACGAGAACCGAGUCCCCUGUCCCACCACAGCUGACCACAGCUGGGGGAGCCUCCCCGCCCCGGCGCCAGGGAUGUUGGUCGUGCGUUGAGGGAUCGCUCCCUCCCGGGGACGGGACCCCUCCCCAUGAAGCUGGAAGAGCCGGGGAUGGAGGAGCGGACCCACACCGCCCCUCUGGACCUCAGAACGCAGCGGGUGGGCUGGGGGUGCGGACCCACUCCCGAGGGGAGACCUCCUCCAGCCAAGAAGGAGCGCCCCAGUCUCUCCCUGCCCCCCCGCAAGAGGCCCUACCUGCGGGAGGGGGGUCGCUCGGAGAUCCCCCCAGGGGGGGUGUGCAGAGGGGAGGGGUCCAGCUGCCCCCUCCCUACAACCCCCUGCCUGGAGCACGUGUAUCUGCCCUUUGGACUGCCACACCUGCCCUACUUUCCAGCUGCCUACUACCCUGCACAGUUACCCCUCUGCCCCCUACCCACACACCCACCCCUCGGCAUCAGUGGCCUGGCUGGCCUCCACUCUCCCACCUGUUCCCUCCUCCUCCCCCCUCAGGGCGACCCCCUGGCUUCGGACAUUGCCGUGGCAACACGCCAGGAUGAGGACGGCGAUACGCCCCUCCACAUUGCGGUGGCCCAGGGGGACGUUCACAUGGUGCAGAGGCUCGUCCACCUCCUCCUCGUCGGCAAGAAGAGCUUGGACAUCUACAACAACCUCCGGCAGACGCCGCUGCACCUGGCCGUGAUAACUCGACACGCGGGCCUGACCGCGGUGCUGGUGACGGGCGGUGCCUCUCCGGUGCUACUGGACCGUAAUGGGCAGUCAGCCAUUCACCUUGCCUGUGAGCAUCGCUGCCUCAGCUGUCUGCGCAGCCUCCUGGGCCAGGCCCAGGGCAAGGGCCGGGGGGCCGCUGACCUUGACAUCCGCAACUACGAGGGUUACUCACCGCUCCACAUUGCCGUCAACAACCAGGACCGCGAAAUCCUCACCUUCCUGCUGGACCAGGGGGCGGACAUUGACGCCGUGGACAUUAAGAGUGGCCGGACUGCACUGAUUCACGCCGUGGAGAACAAUUGCCGGGACCUGGUGCAACUGUUGUUAGAGCAUGGAGCCAGCGUGAACCUGCAGACAUACUCGGGGAACACGGCUCUGCACUCAGCCAGCGGCCGGGGACUAAUGGACAUCGUCAAGGUGUUGCUGAAGAACGGGGCCGACACCAGCAUUAAGAACUGUCACAACGACACCUCCCUCACAGUGGCCAAGAACAAGAAGGUAGUCGAUGUACUGAGGGGUAAGGCAAGCCGCCUCCCCUCGCAGCCGGGCUCCAUCCCAAUGGGGACCAGUGAAUCGAGUGCACCCUCCUCACCAAAUAAAUCCCCAGUUGAGGGGGCAACAGGUUCCAGCCCAGCUUCUCCCUGUAGGCCCCGUCCCCCCUCAGGAUCGUCCCCCAUCGCGCUCGGCCUGCCUGGGAGUCCGAGCCCCAGGGCUGGGGAAGGUGGCCCCAGCAAACUCUGGACACUGCCAGUGGUGGAUGGACUGCCCCCUCCCACUACACUCUUGACUGGGGUCUACCUGCCGAGCCAGGCCUGGGGCCUCACUGGGGCUGGGGCCUGUGAGGGACUUCGCUCCGCCCAUCCACAGGAGCAUUCAUGGGGUGACGAGCCUGGGAGAGCUCACGCGGGUGUGGUUUGGACUGCACACCGUUCUGAGCCUGGAGGGAGCUGCACAGGGAGGCCGGGUUGCUGACCAGGCCCAGGAAGCAGGGGGGAAUAUUUCACAGUCCAGCCCCACCCCACUCGUUAGGCCGAGGAGGAAGCUGCUUUAGACAGGGGCCCCAUGCUCCCACAGGGCAAACAGCAAUAUGAAGAGGCAGUGGCUUUGAGUAUUUUCCCCCACCUUGACCCAACACACUCCCCUCCCUGGCCAGGGUUGGCCUCACUCACUGACUCUGUAAAUCAGGCCUUGAGGUGCAACAGGAAGCAGGCCUUUGAUACAAUGUUAGCUGUUCACACCCCUCCUGUUCAGUUCUUUCCCACCCACCCCUGACCCCGAUGCUGAACCCUCGUCCACUCACGGGGGUGGGGAGGAUUUCUGGUGGCUGAUUCCCUAAUGCUGCACUUCGGUGGGGAGAAUGCAAGGAAAAUCUUGCUGGUCGCAGGGAGAACAUGGAAAUUCCACACUGACAGAGGAAGCACUAAACAGCCAAAUCGCACCUGCCAGACCCAGGUCUUCUGUCGGCAUGAGAUGAACAUCGUGUCCAAGGAACGGCGGUAAAUCAGGAAUUGGAGGGAACACAGUGGGUCUGCCCCGUGACGUGGGGGAGCAUGUGGAACUGGAGGGGAUGGUGGUCCCAGGAACAUGUGUUUCUGACCCUGCCUCGACACCCUGAUGGGCCUCAGUCCAGGUCCUGAGGGAGGUGCCUGGUGACGGAGUUGCUAUGUUCAUCUCCCAGAGCCGCGCACAUUGGCAGACGUUUGGAGAGUGGUUCACAUCAUUGCAUUAUUGAUAAUGUCCAGGAAAUGGAAUAUGGAUACUGCACUCAUCAAGAGGAAAGUGUCCAAAACUGUAAAUAAUGUUGUAGCAGAAAAAAUUAAAGAUUAAUAUUAUCGUGCA